AUGAUCGGGGGGACCGUGUGUGUGGUGAAGAGAGGGCGGGAAAUGGAGGCGGGGGCGACGGGCCGGGGAGGAGCAGGCCGCGCUGACCCGGGGAAGUGGGAGACAGAAGGGCUGAGGGCUAGCGACAGAGUCCCCGGCGUCACCGCGGCAGCAGCUCCAGUCCCUACUUCGCACUCGCGACAAAGGCGGCGGCGGCGGCGGCGGCUCAACCCUCCUCGUUUCUCAGCCCCGUUCGUCCCCGCUUCCGGCUAUGAAGCACGGCCAAAGACGGAACUACGCGUUCCGACAGAGCCCGCGCGUCCCCGCUGCGGUUUCCCGGGGGUCGAUGGGAGUCGGAGUUCCGUGGCCCAGAGCAACCGGAAGAGGCUCCGGCUCCCGGCAGGCAGCGCGAAGAGGCGGGGACCUGGUCGCCCUCGCGGCCCCACCUGUCACCGGGUGGGGCAGCGGCAGGGGGUCUGUGGGACUUCACCACACCACUUUGGCAUAACACGUCCAAGACGAUACCCAAUCCAGCAGGGCCGGUAUUCCUGUGUGCUUGCCACGCUGUGCCGGAAUGGCGGUCACAGGAAGCGUGUGCUGUCUCGUGGUAGUUCCAGAGUGGUGUGCAGGCCUUCGACAGUGAGGAUCGCUCCUCCCGGGAGCAACCUGGCUCGUUUUCCAAUAGCAGCGCAGAUCCCUAAGGCCCCAGACCCGUGGUCAAAGGAGGCUGUUCUGCUUGCCCUCGAACGUUGGAAGAGGAAGAAAAGGACAGUGGAGGAGGAGGAAGACCAAAUAUCUGCUGCUGGUCAGGAGGACAAAAGAAGGUGCCAUGACAGCAGUGGGAGUGGCCAUUCAGCUUUUAAGCCCGAGGUGGCCAACGGAGUCCCUGCUGCUUUUGUGCCUGAGCCUGGGCCUCUGAAGAGAGGCCUCAGUUCCCCGAGCUCAGAUGGUGAGCUGCGUAAGAGAACCUGCACCCCUGCUGUGAGCUGCUCGAAGGGCACGUGCACAUGUGGCAUCCGUAUGUCCAGGCGCAAUGCCAUUACCAGUUCCUACACUUCUACUGGAGGCAUCUCUCAGCUCUGGAAGAGGUGUCCCAGUGCCUCACCCUUCUCCAGCCCAGCCUCGUCCCUCUCACAGACACGAGAGAGUCCAGAAAAGAAAAUGAGAGAAGAGGACGGUCCUCAGGGAUCUGGCUCUUCCGCUCCACCAGUAAACAAGGAGUCCCAGGGAGAACAGGCCACCACCUCGGACUUUGAAUCUACGACCCAGACCACCAUCAGCGGUGGCAGCACACCCUCAUCCCACGUCACAUCCGGGGUGUCAGCAGGCCCCGCUGGCACUGGGGACUUUGGGAUGAGCGUGUGA